CUUCCGGCUUCAAAAUCCUAGGAAAAAAAAAACACCCCAGAGAAGCAAAAACCCAUCGUCUCUACAAAAAAAGCAAGUAUGGUAGUGAACAAAUAAGGAAAAAGAAGCCAAAAUCUUCUUCACCUCUCCUUGUGUAGGAAUAAUCCAUAAAGAGUGAUCGCCAUCUUCUUUGAUCUUUGUUGGAUGAUAAUUUAUUGGAUCUUUACCCUUUGGUUUUAUUCUUCAACAAGAUCUCAAUUCCUUGGUCCUGGUGAUAACAACUUUAUUUUAUUUUAAAGAGCUGCUCUAUGACCUCAAUUCAAAGGUUUGGCUAAUCAAUUGGGUUCUUAAUGUUAGCUUGUUUGGUGGCAGUGCUUCUUUGAAUAGUUUGGGGUCUUUAACUUUUUGAUAACAUAAAAGAAUUAACAAUAGCAUUAAAAAAAGAGCGAUGGCAAAUUCAAAUCCAUCGGCAUCAACGCUUCCCUCUGAUUCUUCUGAGCAGAGGGGAAUCCAUAUGGCAGAUUCAAACAUGCAAGCCAUUCAACCCUGUGUUAGCCAUCAAAUUCGACCCUCUUUGGAUGGUCCUGUAGCUAUCCUUUGGGACAUUGAGAACUGCCGUGUCCCUAGUGAUGUCCGCCCUGAAGAUGUGGCUGGGAAUAUCAGAAUGGCUUUGCGAGUGCACCCUGUUAUUAAAGGAGCUGUCAUGAUGUUUUCUGCAUAUGGAGAUUUUAACUCCUUCUCCAGACGACUGAGAGAAGGCUGCCAGAGAACUGGUGUUAAACUAGUUGAUGUUCCAAACGGUAGAAAGGAUGCUGCUGACAAGGCUAUUUUGGUCGACAUGUUUCUCUUUGCACUUGACAACCCCCCACCUUCUUCCAUCAUGCUUAUCUCUGGAGAUGUGGAUUUUUCUCCUGCUCUUCACAUACUUGGUCAGCGUGGAUAUACUGUGAUUCUUGUUAUCCCUUCUGGGGUUGGCGUCUCGUCUGCCCUAUGCAAUGCUGGCAAGUUUGUUUGGGACUGGCCUAGUGUGGCUCGUGGGGAAGGUUUUAUACCCCCCUCAAAGACAUUAUUGCCUUCCCAUGCAGGACCAGCUGAUAUUGCUGGGUAUUUUAUGGGAUGCCGUAUAAAUGACAACCACGAUGGCCAGAAUGAAGAAGAGGCAAUUGUUUACUGGGGGCGCUCGCAAAGCUAUUACAACUCUAGAGAUCUCUCUAUAAUGUCACAGUCUUUAUCUGAAUACAACAGCAGUUCUUUGAUGACUGUGCCUUGUCACCCCACUAGUUCGAGGUCACAGAGUCUCCCAUCUGGUCUGAAUGAAGUUUCAGCAUGUCCCACAUCUUAUGAUGAAUAUUAUUCUACUAUGUGGGUACAGCCUGGGGACAUAAAUGGUCUGAAAGCUCAGCUGGUGAAGUUACUUGAACUUUCAGGAGGAUGUUUGCCUCUUACCCGAGUUCCUCCUGAGUAUCAGAAGAUGUAUGGUCGGCCUCUUUAUGUUUCAGAAUAUGGGGCAUUGAAGCUUGUUAGUCUUUUCAAGAAAAUGGGCGAUGCAAUGGCAAUAGAUGGCAAGGGUCACAAGAAGUUCGUCUAUCUUAAAAACUGGAAAGCAGGUCCAAGUGCACCUCCUAUAAUUCUAGCAAGGAGGGGUAAGACAGGAAAGGGGCUUCAGGAGGAGAGCUUGGAUGCUGCGACAGGUGGUGGCUCUUCAGAUGAGGUCUCAGAUGAAGAAAGAGUGAUGGUUGAGGAACAUGAGGUGGGGAGGAACCAAGGGAAGGCUAAUUUGGGAGCUGCAGCUCGAUAUGAAGUUGAUGACCCAAAUCUUGAGCUGUUCAAGUUUGAGUUGCAGGAGAUUCUAGUGAGCUAUUCUUGUCAGAUUUUCUUGGAUUGUUUUGAGUCAAUAUACCAGCAAAGAUACAAAAAACCACUGGACUAUCAAAGAUUUGGUGUGGAUGAGCUGGAGCAGCUUUUUGACAAGGUGAGAGACGUUGUGGUCUUGCAUGAAGAACCAGUGAGCAAGAAGAAGUUCCUGGCUGCAAUUGGUGGCUAGGAGAAAUGAGAGUUGCUUGUCUUGUAACGUGUUCACUUACAUAGAUCAGAUAGUUGAGGCAUGCCUUAUAAUUGCAUGCUCUCUCAUAGUUUUUUCCCCUUAUUUUUCAUAAAAGAUGACGGAGAAGGCUGGAUCACAUUUAUUCUUUUAUCAUUAUGUGUCCUGCAUGGAUUUGAGUAUCUCCAUGUAUGCCUUGUGCCUCAUCGUUGUUACUGAUAAAACUACUAAUGUGAGAUCUGUAAUAUAAUUUCACCAGUUUAGUGCCCGAA